ACGCUCGUGGCUGAUCUUCGGUUUGCCUGUGAGACCAGCACGAAAAUAAACUCCCGAUGACAUGGAGACUUCCUAUUUAAACGUUGUCGCCCCAAUGGGCGCUGUACCAUCAACCCACAUCGGCAAACAUGUCUGCCUCGCGUCUCCAAACCUAUGGCGCCAAACCCAGAGUCUUCAUCCUAACCGACAUCAGCAACGAGCCAGACGACGCCGAGUCCUUGUGCAGAUAUCUCCUUUACUCGAACCAAUUUGAAACCGAAGGACUUGUCGCAUGUACAAGCACCUGGCAGAAGGACAGGGUGUGUCCGCAGGACAUAGAAAAGAUCAUAGACGCAUAUGCCGACACAGUCGACAACUUAAACAAGCAUGUCCAUCCCGACUGGCCGUACCCCAGCGCAGAGCAGUUGAGAGGUCUGGUACGGAAAGGCGCUGAGACAUAUGGUCUAACGGCCCUCGCUGAUGACUUGCCCCUCUCGCCUGGAGGCGAACUUCUUCUUCAGCGCAUCACUGCACAUAUACAGAAGCCCCUGUGGGUCCUGUGCUGGGGUGGGACAAACACCCUCGCACAGGUGAUAUUGGCCAUCGACCAGAAAUAUACUCCAGAAGAUGCAGCACGCAUAUUCUCGCGUCUACGCGUCUAUGCCAUAUCGGACCAGGACGACACGGGCGUGUGGAUACGUAACAACUUCCCCAUGAUCUUUUACAUCUCGUCCGUACAUGGCUGGAAUCACUACGGAAUGGCUACCUGGACGGGGAUCUCCGGAGACAAAUUCUACGGCUUCGACCAGGGCGGACCGGACUUCUCGAAAUGGGAAAAGCAGUGGAUCAAGGAGCAUAUCCGGAUUGGACCGCUUGGGAGAGCUUACCCAGAUUACGAAUUCAUUGCCGAAGGCGACACGCCUACUUUCUUGUACCUGAUCCAGAACGGUCUGGGCGUACCAGAAUUCCCUUCGUAUGGAUCUUGGGGAGGACGAUACGUAAAAACCGACGCCAACGCAUCCGGGAGCAACCACUACAGUGACGCCGUGGACAGAGUCACUGGCCAAGACGGGAGGCUAUACACAUCCAACCACGCCACCAUCUGGCGAUGGCGAGACGCCUUCCAGAACGACUUCGCAGCGCGAAUGCAAUGGACUCUGCACGGCGACUUCGACAAAGCCAAUCACCACCCCGUCAUCUCCAUCAACGGCGCCGCGGGCAUCCAGCCCGUGCGCGUCGAAGCCGAAGCUGGCAGCAAAAUCGUGCUCGACGCCAGCAAGACGUACGAUCCCGAUGCCGGCGACACGCUCACGUUCAAAUGGUGGCAGUACAAGGAACCGAGCGCUACUCAGUGGUUGGUCGAUGCUGAAGUGGCUUCUCUUGACAUCGAGAAGGUCGAUGAAGAGGGUCGUGUUGUAGAGGUUACACUGCCUCCAGCUGAUCGUUGUUGUGUCGACUUUUUGGGUGGGCGCAAGCCGGUCGUAAAGGGCCAGGUGCUGCAUCUGAUUUUGGAGGUUACAGAUAGUGGGAGGCCGCCGCUUACGAGUUAUCGGCGGGUGCUGAUUCAGGCUGUGGAUAAG